AUGGAGGAGGACACGGAGGAGGUCACGGAAGCAGAGGCGGUUACGGUGGGGGCCACGGGGGCCACGGAGGAGGCCGUGGAGGUUACGGUAGAGGACACGGCGGUUACGGUGGAGGUCACGGUAGCGGUCACGCUGGAGGACAUGGCGGCCACAGUGGGGGAUACGGAGGACAUGGUGGAGGACAUGGGCAUCAUGGUUAAAGACAUAAACAUUGCACUAAAAUAUGUCUAUGUAAUAACGUUACUACAAUGGUUAAACGAUUGCUUUUUAACUCUUACGAAAUUCAGAGAAAUCAAACCUUCUGUGUAUGAUAUCCUAAUGUUUUUUUUUUGCCAUUGUCAGCAAUAA